GGGGUAAGAUGGCUCAAGUGGUUGGAGCGCAAAUUUACUGACCAGAAUGUCCGUGGUUCAAACCCGACCUCUGCCUCUCGACUUCACCUGUCUAGGCUUGGGCAGCCUGGCAGUAUCCCAGGCCUCGCGCUUCCUUCGGCAGGCAUGGCAGCUAGGCACCGAGAGGGUUUUAAGUCGUUGUUUAAAAAUCUGGUCACAUCAAGUUUACACUAUGCUCAUGUCCGGAGGCCAGCCGUCCCUAAUACUCGAACAUCACAUUAUUUGGGUGGAUGUGUCAUGUGCAGGAUACAGAUCAAAGACAUGCUCUGA